AUGGUUGCCCGAUCUCGGCUCCUAUUCUUUAGCAUACUUGAGUGGACCCACUUUUCCGCUGCUGCAAGUGUAUCGGUGUUAGAUGAUGCAGUCAAUAUUACAUCACAUGCGACCUCUGUAAGUGCGAAUCACAGUACUGGGGGCACUUCUAGAGUAGACGGUGGGAAUGUCACUAUGCACAACCUCACCGAGAAAAUACCGGUGAAUGCAUCUGCGGAUCCUCUUCCUAAGUUAGGGGAAGUGAAAUCGGAAGAUGUGUCCGUGAACAGUACAGAGACAUUCCUUUCAUUCAAUGAGUGGAAACAAUUGAAGGAGAGGGACUUCGAGAUGCAUGAAAAACUGGAGAAUAUCAAAAAUAGGAGGAAGAUAGAUCCGUCUUGCUUGAGGGAUGGGGAAUGUAUAGGAGAGGAGAUGGAGAUAGACAUUGAUGUUUUCAAAUCUGGUGACGACGGCACGGAGUUAGCGGAUGAACCUGAGGGGAAAUUGUACAAGGAUAAAUUCAACUUUGCCUCGUUGGACUGUGCCGCGACGAUGGUCAAGACAAACUCGGAGGCAUCCGGGGCAACCUCCAUUUUGAUAGAGAACAAGGACAAGUACCUGUUGAAUCCGUGUUCUGCUGCUAAGAAGUUUGUGGUCAUUGAGUUAUGUGAGGACAUUUUGGUUGAAGAGUUGGUCAUGGCAAACUUUGAGUAUUUCUCGUCGACAUUCAAAAGAUUCAGAGUAUCCGUUUCAAGCAGGUUCCCUGCACCGAAAAAUGGGUGGAACGUUCUUGGAGAGUUUGAAGGUGAAAACACAAGGGACCUACAACGGUUUGAGAUUGCAAACCCGCAGAUAUGGGCCAAGUACGUUCGAAUAGAAUACCUGACUCACUACGAUCACGAAUACUACUGCCCACUUUCCCUCGUGCGUGUACAUGGGAAGACCAUGAUGGACGAGUUUAAACUGGCCGCACGGGAGGAGAUUCAACAGGGUAAAGCAUUGGUCGACGCAGAGGCCGAGCAUGAGUCGGCUGCGGCAGACACUGAAGAGAACCGCGAUACUGUGGCCAGGACGACUGAUAGCGAUGAGCUAGAACGACCCAAACCUCUCGAUUUUAAAUCCUCUCCGAAAAACCACAAAUAUAUCAUGGAGAGUGAGUUACUGAACGAUUCAUGGGGUCUCCCUCAAUUUGCUAUUUUUGACAACAUUACCAGUCCGGACCCGCCGAUUUCUGACCCUCUAAGGUUCUGUGAGGCGAGGUUAGAGCCUCUUCGUUUCGAUGAGUUUUUGAAGGAGAUCAAUUUCGCAUUCAAUUCGACAAGACGUGAGGGUGAAAACGAUACCAUCUGUGCGAACAACACGGGUUCUCUUGACAACAGCACAGCAAUCAAGAAUAUAACUGGCGCUGCUGCCAAUGGUACUCUGGUCAAUAAGACUGCGCCGCUGAACAUCCCUCCACAGUUACCAGAGGAAUCGAUUUUCAAGAAUAUCAUGAAGAGAAUCAACAAAUUGGAGGUAAACGCCACUCUCACAGUGUUGUACUUAGAGGAGCAAAGUAAAAUGCUUUCGAACUCGUUCAAUGAGUUGGAAAGGACGUAUCUGGUGCGAUUCGACCACCUAGUAAACGCAUUCAACGACACGAUAAUGAAUAACAUUGGUGCGUUGCAGGAUUUUGCCGAGGAGCUCCGAGAACAAUCGCUGAGUCUCCUGGAUGGUCAAGGGAAGCUGGCUCCGUCGAGUAGCGAGGGGAGACUUGUUAUGCUGGAGAGAGAAGUCCGCGUCCAGAAGAGGCUGCUGUAUUUCUGUCUCUGCCUACUGGCGUAUUCGCUGUACCACGAGUACUUGAACAGUUUCCUCUUUGAGGAUGAUGAUGUGGAGGACCUGGAGGGUGAAGUUGGCAGUACGAACAAGUACUGA